GCGCCGAAGACGCACGAAGCGGCCUCCCACCGAUCGGCGGCGGAAACGGCCGAGGCGAGUCGGCCUGCGCCUUGCGGCUCGACGCGGAGCGCCCUACGUCACAGUGAAGUAUGUGCUCCCGAGUGUAGAAAAUGGCUGCGCUCUCCGCUAGUACGGGCGGAUGUAAAUACGGUCUGUGGCUCGGCCUGGGAGUGCUCGCCGCGAGAUGCCUCGGCGUGUUGGGCAUCAUUUGCUAUUGCGAUGGACAUUGCCCGGACGGCAGGCAAAAUGGGACCUGCGAGCUGCGAGCUGGAGGUCAAUGUUUCAGUGCGGUGGAGGAAGUAUGGGAUCCCGACAGCAAAGAGUACGUUCCCGAAUGGUCGUUCGGUUGUUUACCGCCCGCCGAAGGAGGCUUCAUGCAAUGCAAAGGAAAUCAAGUUCCUCACCUGCGAGAGAAGAGCAUAACGUGCUGUAACAAUACGGCCUUGUGCAACAAAGACCAAUUUCCCGACAUAACUUACAAGUCCCGUCCUACUGCGGAUACCAAUCCGAUGGUCAUCGCCUCGGGAGCGCCGGUCAUCAUCUUGGCGGUAGCACUGUCAGCGAUUUUCGUCAUUACCUCGAUAGCGCUAGGAAUCAUGUACCGUAACUGUCGCAAGAAAGAGCGAGAUCCGUGCUUGGUACCGUCGCAGGGAACACUCAGGGAUUUUAUAGAUCAGAGCAGCGGAUCGGGCUCGGGAUUGCCGCUCUUGGUACAACAGACGAUCGCGAAACAAUUAGCCAUGUCGCAGUGCGUGGGAAAGGGACGUUAUGGCGAAGUAUGGCUGGCUAGAUGGCGAGGGGGCGAAAAAGUGGCGGUAAAGGUUUUCUUCACAUUAGAGGAGGCGUCUUGGUUCAGAGAAACGGAAAUCUAUCAAACCGUUCUCAUGAGACAUGACAAUAUCCUGGGCUUUAUUGCCGCUGAUAUCAAAGGAACUGGCUCUUGGACGCAGAUGCUGUUGAUCACAGAUUAUCAUGAGAGAGGUUCAUUGCACGAUUACUUGCAAACAACUGUGCUAGAUCAUCAAGCUCUGCUGGCGAUUUGUUCGUCCAUCGCGUCUGGCAUCGCGCACUUGCACACCGAGAUUUUUGGAACGCAAGGGAAACCUGCGAUAGCUCACAGAGAUAUUAAAAGCAGAAACAUUCUAGUUAAGAGGAAUGGGGAAUGUGCCAUAGCUGACUUUGGGUUAGCCGUUCGCUACAUCAGUGAGAGCGGAGAAAUUGACAUUGCACCAAAUACUCGAGUGGGCACACGGCGUUACAUGGCACCAGAAGUGUUGGACGAGACCUUGAAUACAUCCUCCUUUGACGCAUUCAAAAUGGCAGAUAUGUAUUCCGUCGGUCUCGUGUUCUGGGAAGCAUGUAGAAGGUGUGUCACAGGUGGUAAGAAUUCCAUGGUGGAACCUUACGCCUUGCCUUAUCACGACGUCGUACCAAACGAUCCAGACUUUGAGGAUAUGCGUCUGGUAGUUUGCGUAAAACGAUUGCGUCCAGUUAUUCCUACGAGAUGGGAUAACGAUUCGGUUCUAUAUGCAUUAAGCAAAAUGAUGUCGGAAUGCUGGCAUCCGAAUCCACCAGUUCGCUUAACUGCUCUCCGCGUUAAAAAGACAUUGUCAAAACUACACGUUGAUAACGUCAGCAUCAAGAUCGUGUAGUGUUUGAUGUAAUUAUGAAAAAAAACCGACUCUUCUUCUAGUUAAACAAAUAACUUCCUACUUCUUGUAAAUAUGCCCUUAGUGACAAUAGAAUUGUUGACAGACUGCAGCCUGAAGACUGAUGAUUAAAGUUAUAAAUAUAAGAGAGAGAAAGAGAGUAUGAAUGAGCGUACGCAAGGAAUGAAUGAUUGAUUGUAGAAGAUAAAUGAUGUGUAUAUAUUGUAUAUAGAGAAAGAUCCGUAUAUAAAGUUUCUGAUUUCUUUAUUUUUCAUUAAAAAAAAAAAACUUUUUUUUUCACGCUAAAGAUAUAAAAUUUCAAAGAUAAACACGAAAGAUUUUAGAACAUCUUGUGUAAAAUUUUUUUUUAUAUUUAUAUAAAACGUAUCAAACUUGGAAAGACACGAUUUUGAUACGUUUCACCGUAUUGAAGCUGGAAUGUGUAAGCAAAGACUGUUCUAUAUUUGAAAAUAGAAUAGUCAUAAAUAAUUAUAUAAAGGAUCAUUUAUACUAUUUUUGUUCAUGCAAGUCACAUAAAACAAUUUCAGCGUGUGAAAGUAUCGAAUAUUUGACAUGUCAUGUGAAAUGUACAAAUUCAUUUUCAUGUGUAAAAUAUAUUUCGCGUUUUGCGUUGCGUCAAAACUGUUCGGAACUUGAAAGUACGUGUAACGUGCCUAAUGAGAUCUUGUAUGCUAAGCUAAUACUACUUUGCGGCCUAUGUCACACAUGCUAAAAGAGACUUCUCUUUUCAGUACCUCAAAAUAUAUUUAUUAUUGAAGGUUAGCUUCGCAAUGUACGCGUUGCGCAUACGAAAUUUGUGUAAAACACUAAUUCGCGUUAACAUACGAUCGUAAAUUAUUAAUUGUAUAAUUAUAAUUUAUGGUUAUUGCGCCCAAUCUUGUGAAGUAAUUAAAUAUUGAGGACUGUUGACCCGUUUACGUUGUAUGACGCAGAAAGUGUGUAUACAUAUAUACAUAUAUAUACAUACAUAUAUGUAUAUAUGUAUGUAUGUAUAUAUGUAUGUAUAUAUGUAUGUAUGUAUGUAUAUAUAUAUAAAUCGACGAUUGCAAAUUAUUAUGCGCAACCUUAUAUUAACUGUAAAAAUUCGUAAUUUAUAUUUCUAACUUGUACAAAUGAAACAUAUUAAUCCAUUCGAAAUACUAUUUUGGGUAUGUAGAUCAAUCAUUGAUCAUCCCAAAAUGAUUUCAUUACGCUGCCGAUGUAUUCGUUGAAAUUUUAUGCUUUUGUACAGAGAAGAUAAUUAGAAAGGAGGAAUUGUGAAAAAGCUAACAAUUAUAUAGUGCAAUAACAGUGUAUAAUGAUGAGUAAUGUUAUUUUAGAAAGCAAUGUAUAAUCUCGCAUAUUCCUUCGAAUCUAUAUAGCAUUUACUGAUCAAAAUCGUGAAUUAAUCAAAAAGUUUUUUUUAUGUAAAUGAAAAAAUUGUAAAAGUAAAUUCUUUUCCUUUUUUAUGAUUGUUUUCAAAUUUUUUCUUAUCAAAUUGACUAUAAGAUUGUUAUGUAUGAAAUUUCUGUAUGUAAUUAAACAGAAAAAGAAAAAUGUAGAUGAUUGUUAGUUAAUUGAACAAUGAAAUUUAUAUUUCUAAAAACAUUAAAUAUUCUUUUUUUCUAGAUGUUUUUUUUAUUGAGACGUAUAUGGUUACCAAUUUUCUUCAUAUGUUUAUAUUUUUUCAUGAAUUUUAUAUUCUGCACAUCUUAAAUACAACCGUAUUUGAUUAAGAGUGUAUCAACAUGAUUGUUUCUGAAAAAAGUUGCAAAUAUAGGAAAUAAAAAAUGAAACUGCAGUUUAUUAGAUAU